AUGUUAGUGUUCUUCACAAAACUGAGCAGUUAUAACAUGAGCUGGCAAGGACUUCUUGGAUUUAUCCUUCUGUUUAAUCAGUCGAUCAAAUCUGAACAAUUCACUCUAAGCAAUAACUCAACCCGAUGGCCUUUAUCAUCGUGCGAUCUUGCGGAACCAAGGCUGGUGUACAAGAAUACACAAUUUGAGGUGGCUGAAGACAUUGAUGUUAUAUCAAACAAUUCGGAGGCUUGGAUAGGAUACAUGUCAGUGAAAAUUCCAUAUUUAUUUCACGGUUGUGCACAAGUGCAAAACACGGCACAAAAAACGUACAGCGUAACAAGGAUUGGCUUCUGCCAGACUCUGUGUGGACAUAACAGUCCCUUUGGAAUAAAGGCGCCCAAUGGCUUAGAUAUCUUAUACCCUGCAUCGCUAAUGGGCUGUAUUUGUUUCAAUACAUCUGUACCUGAAAUCCCACUUGAACAUUUCGACAACGACCAAAAUAAUCUUUGCGAAAAAGACUCGUACGCCAUCUUAACUCAAAUCAGUGAUCCUUCAGCAAGAGCAUCCAUAUCAGCGAAACAUAGUAGCACUUGGAUUCAAGGAAAUUCAAUAUGUUUAAAGGACCAAGUGUAUCCAGCUUCCAUCUCAAGUAUUCUCUUAUCUGGGCUUAAUGCAGGUCAACAGCGGGAACAUUGGACGGGGAUACUUAAAGGAGCUACAUUGCUUAAUAAGGCAGAACUUUCCCGGUUUGGACCAACACAAUAUUCGGAUGAGGAAUACGCUUUCUUACAAGGAAGUAAUAAGAACAUCAAUUUCGCAAACACUGGAACAAAACAGGCCUUGUGUUGCAAAGAAUUAAAACGAGCAUCGUGCAUGCCUACUACAACCAAAAUACCAAGUCAUACCCAUUAUACUGAAGAAGAAGCGACAACAACUAAAUCCAAAGAAAAGUCUGAAGCUUUAGGAACAGGCAUCGGUGUAUUGGUUGGGGUACUGGUUGUAGUAGGGAUAGGUUUUGCAGUAGUCAUGCUUCAAAGACGAGGAAUUAUUUCCUACGGUGCGAAAAAUAAACCACGCGAUAGGACGGAUGAUCAGCAUGGCGACAUGUUGCCAAAUGCAGCGUCAAACACAGCAGGAAUCGAUAAAUCUGUGGCUAACCAUAAAUACUUUGUACUUGAAAAACAAACCGAGUCAGUGAUUGAACAAAUCAAUCAUUUCAACAGAUCAGAGGAUCUUGAGAAAGACAUUAUUGAUGAGAAUAUUUACCAUUCUAUUGAUGAACCGGCGGCGGAACUGCGUGUAAACGUCAAAGUCGACUGUGGUGAUUAUGAUUACACAACUGACGGAGCAGCAACAUCUCGUGGUAUAACCCAUGAAAAUGUUUACAAUAAACUAAAGAUUGGCCGCCAGGAUAACUAUGAAUAUGUUCAGGGAUCAUUUCAGAUUAAGGGCAUCACGACACACAACGAUUACGAUACGACUGCAACUCCUAAAGCGAUACAUCCCCAUGGAAACGACGACUAUGACCAUGUGGGUGGCAUGGGGAAUGCUCCUGCAUUCUCACCAAGCGAUGACGAUAAUAGCUCAGCAGUAAACAUCGCGGCGAAUGCAAGAGGCUCUGCCGCAGGAAUAGAAAAGCCUGACGACAGUCAUGGCCAAAAUCGGUUCGUCAAAGUUUAAGAAGCCAACGACAACAGAGAUAUGUUGGUCUCGUAUUAAUUAAUACACGAACAUGGGUUCUUUAUGAUACUGCAGUAGUUAUUAACACGUACAUUUUAACGGAUUGUUGAUGUAUGAUAUAACCUAAGUACUCUUACAAUUAAUAUGUUAUCAUGUUUGUAAAUACGGACAGAUUUACGCAUAAGUCAAUUCUGUUCCCAGUAAAUAAAAUCAUACAAUCACACCGACGAAUUUGACAGACGUUCAAACAUUUGGACUCUAACUUACUCUAGACACAUAUUUGAUUUUCUAAUGUGUUGGUUACUUAUAUAUUUUACAAAUAUACGGCUAGAUUUUACAUGCAUGAUAUCAUGUAAAAUCGCAAUUUAGAGCAAACACACACUUGUCAAACAAUUACCAGUAUUACGGGGUUAUACGGUUAUUGGAAUAGAUUGGCCGUUUGCUGAA